AUGCCGCCCAAGAGCCCCAGGAAAGUGACCCCCAGUCGGCCUCAGCAGGGGGAGAGGAACCCCACAGAGCCGGGCGGAAAUGAAAGUCUUGAUCCAGUCUUUUCCUCUCUGUGUAAGCAACUAAAUGUAUCUGAACCGUUGCGAGGGCAAGCAUGGCAGACAUACGAGAGAUUGUUUUCCUCAGAUCGGUCAUUGCGGGACAACAUGAGGAAGAUGGAAUCUUUGGGACUUUGUCUUUAUAUUGCUGCAGUCAACGCUGAUGAAAUGACGUUCACUUUUACAGAACUCGUAAAGGCUGUAGAUAUAAGCGUCGGUAAAUGUUUUAGCCUUCUGAGGCAAAUGGAUAUCAACAUGGAUAAUCUGAGUACCAAAGUUGACAGUGCUGUUAUGAAGCUUAAGAAAAAGUAUGAAACCAUGUGCCAUUUGUAUCAGAAAUUCCAAAGUACAUUUAAAGACAUAUUUUUGAAGCACCCAAAUACAGAAAAUACUUCUGACUCUCACCUUAAGACCAUUCUUGAGGGGUCUUGGACAACUUUUAUUUUGGCUAAAGGGAAAGUUUUACAGAUGGAUGAUGACCUCAUAAUCUCGUUCCAGUUGUUGCUGUGUGUCUUGGAAUAUUUUAUCAGGAAAUCGCCAUUUGAUAUUCUAAAGGAUCCUUACAAGAGCUGUGUGAGUGAAUUGUCUGUGAAUGGACCAACCCGAACUUCCCGACGUGGUCAGAGUAGAAAUACUCGUACGUCACGGCAGUGUGAAACGGACACCAGAAUCAUAGAGGCUCUUUGUAAGGCUAACGAAUGUCCUGUUGAUGAGGUGAAAAAUGUUUACUUCUCUAGUUUUGUUGACUUCUUGGAUUCAACUGGAAUUUCUUCCAUGAAUGGUCUUCCAAAGGUUGAAGUCAUUUCAAAACAGUAUGAAGAAGUUUAUCAGAGAAGCAAGGACAUUGACGCAAGGCUCUUUUUGGUCGAUGAUGCAUCUCUGAUGGUUGAUUUCAGUGAGAAUUUGGAGCAGGAGAGAACUCCUAAGAAAAAUAGUACUGUUGAAGCUUCUGUGAUACCUCCUCAGACACCAGUAAGAGCUGCAAUGAACACAAUCAACCAACUGAUGGUCACCUUAAAUUCAGCCAGUGAUGAGCCCUCUGAAUGUCUUAACUUGUAUUUUAAGAACUGCACAAUAAAUCCAAAGAACGAGAUCACAGAGAGAGUAGAGCGCUUAGGACAGGUCUUCAAAGCUCGUUUUGCGGCUUCAAUUGGCCAAGCAUGUGCAGAAAUAGGAUACCAGCGAUACAGAGUUGGGGUACGUUUACAUUACAGAGUGUUGGAGUCUAUACUCAAAUCGGAAGAAGAACGAUUGUCUAUACACAAUUUCAGCAAACUGUUGAAUAAUGACAUUUUCCAUACAUGUCUCCUGGCCUGUGCUGUGGAAGUUGUCAUAUCUGCUUAUGCAAGAAACCCCUUCAGGAGCCAAUCCAGUGCAGAAACAGCAGUGUCCUUUCCAUGGAUUCUUAAUGUCUUUGAACAGAAAGCAUUUGACUUUUAUAAAGUAAUUGAGAGCUUUAUUAAAGCUGAACCAAGUCUAACAAAGGACAUGAUCAAACACCUUGAGCGCUGCGAGCACAUGAUUAUGGAAAGUUUGGCCUGGCAAUCGGAUUCUCCUCUGUUUGACUUGAUCAGACAAACAAGGGAUAGAGAAGGAUCAGUUGAUCACCCAGAAAUAGCCAGUACAGCGCAACAACCAUCACAGAACAACCCUACAGCUGCAGAUCUCUAUCUGUCACCUUCAAGAAUAACGCAACAGGGUGCUGGAGCACCUACCUCAUCCAGUACAAAUGGACAGGGUCCUGCUCCGCCACAACCUCAGCAGAGAUCUACCUCACUGUCCUUGUUUUAUAAGAAAGUGUACCGCUUAGCAUACUUGAGGCUCAACAGCUUAUGUUCCAGUCUGUUAUCUGACCACCCCGAGCUUGAGCAAAUCAUCUGGACUCUUUUCCAGCACACUCUGCAGCAUGAGUAUGAGCUGAUGAGGGACAGACACUUAGACCAGAUCAUGAUGUGCUCUAUGUAUGGCAUUUGUAAGGCAAAGAACUUUGAUCUACGAUUCAAAACUAUUGUUACAGCAUACAAGCAGCUUACGAAUACAAACCAAGAGACAUUCAAACAUGUUUUGAUCCGAGAAGGACAGCAUGACUCCAUUAUUGUAUUCUACAACUUGGUCUUUAUGCAGAAAUUAAAAACUAAUAUCUUGCAAUAUGCUUCUACAAGGCCUCCCACUUUGUCUCCAAUUCCUCAAAUACCACGAAGCCCUUACAGAUUUGCAAACUCUCCAUUAAGAAUUCCUGGUGGAAAUAACAUCUAUGUCUCUCCGUUAAAGAGCCCAUACAAGUCAUCAGAUGGGCUGCUGUCUCCAACAAACAUGACACCAAGGACUAGAAUCUUAGUAUCCAUUGGUUCGCCAUUCAGUUCAGCAGAGAAAUUUCAGAAAAUCAACCAAAUGCUGAGCAACGCUGAACGCCCUAUUAAGAGAACUGCACAAGAUUGCACAGCUCCAAAACCACUUAAGAAGCUCCGCUUUGAUGAGCACGAUGAGGCAGAUGGAAGCAAAACGCUUUCUACGGAAUCGAAGUUCCAGCAGAAGCUUGCAGAAAUGACAAGUUCUAAAACACGUAUAAAAAAAUACAGGAUGAAAGAAAAUACGCACAACAUCCGCGUCAACCAAUCAACUUGA